AUGCCCCGGAUCACCGCCGUGCUCGGCGUUUUCGAUCGAACUAGUUUUCAUCGCGUCGCGCUCGCGUUCCGCGCCGCCGGCGCCUUCGUCCUCACUCUGUACACGCUCAUGCACGGACCGGUCUUGCAAUCGGUCCCAACCAAGGAUCUGGUACAGGCUAUGCGCCUCGGCCUGGGGGCCGAGGUUCACGAAAACGGGGGCACCGUGAAGGUGUCCUUCACGCCUGGGAGAUGUCGUUUCGACCUCAAGAAGUUCGCAACCGUCGGCUUCCACAAGCCCCACGGCGGCAACGGGGCCAAGGGCAAGACGGACAACCGGCCAGAUCAAAUCCCAGCUCACAACGCUCGCAUUUCGGGAGUCUCAGUCGCCUCCCUCAUCGGACUCAAUAAUCACAUCACGGGCUGGGAUAACACUGCCUGGCUCGACCUCUGUGCCAAGGACUGGUCGCCGGUUUAG